CGUAAGAGGAGAAGAAAGAUCCAGCUCUCUCUCUUGCAAUCUAGAGACUUUCAGACUCUUGCGGUUUUUUCUUUAAUUUUCGGAUUCUUGGGUCAAUCUUUCGCUAUACAACAGACACUGAGGGGCCAAGGAGGGAAACAAAAAUGGGGAGAAACCUCGGUUCAGCGUUUAGGCAAGAGUUGGCUGAUCUUGACAAAGAUCCAGAUACUAACAAGACUGCGAUGAGCAACUUGAGAACCAUUCUGAAAGAUUUAGAUUCAAAAGCUCUACAUGUGUUCCUCACUCAAAUUUCUGAAACCAAAGAGAUCGGUUCUGACUCUGGUGGCUACACAGUCUCUCUCUUCGAAGACCUUACACGUUCCCACGGAGUCAAAAUCGCUCCCCACGUGGAAACCAUCAUGCCGGUUAUCGUACGGACGCUGAGCUCUUGUGGAGGGGCGUUAAGUGUCCAACAGGCUUGCUCAAAGGCUGUAGCUGUUCACUGUACUACUAGAGAACAGAGAGCAGCUAAGGCAGUACAGUGAAAGCUCGUCGUCGUCAUCGAUACAUGAUAGAUCUGGUACUACUACUCCAAUAGAAGACGUGUGUGAGAAACUAAACUCAGAGGCCAAAGUAAAGAGAGAAGAGAUUGUAACAAGAAGCAAGAAGAGUGUGUUGAGAUGGGGUUUGAGUUUCUUCUCUGUUGUAGUUGCAGGGCUUGCUUCCUUCAUGUGGGUGCAUCUGCGAGAUGAUAUGAUGAUGAUGAUGCCUCCUCAUCUUGUUCCUACUUGAAGCGCACCAAGUGAUGAACAUAGAAAAAGCUUGGAGGACUUACGUAGGUUCGGAUUGUGUGUUCUAUUGUUCUUCUGUCGAUGUGUGGAUCUUUUGUCUUUUUACUCUCAAAAAGGAACUUGUACCAAUUGUUAUAAACGCGAAGAAUGAAUGUCAAGAAUACACGCACUGAAAAUUGACAUUUUCGUGUGUAUGUAUAUUAUGUGGAGCCCGCGUCACUAUGCACGCACAAUCUUACUUUUUAACUUCUAUAUAAAUCGAUCAUUUCGAUUGAUUGUAA